AGGGAGGGGGCAAAGCGACUCGCAAGGCUUAGCUUUUGGCGAGGCUUUCGCUGUCCCGGCUGUUGCUUUCCCUCCCGCCCCGUCCCGUCCCGUCCAUGCAUCUGCAUAUGCAUGGCAUGGGCUCCUGUCUGUCCCGCUUGCCGCCACUACAACUACCGCCAUUCAUAAGCCUCGAACGAACAAGCUCGCCUAGCGCAGCGCCAUCUCCUCUCUCUCUCUGCUCCUCCGCCGGAGCUUAUCAUUCUUCGCUGAACCGCCGGCGACGUACGGCCAGCUAGCCGUGGUUCUUUGCCUGCUAGAGCUGCGCGCGGCGAGGUGGCGUGCCUACGCCCGCACCGGGAAGAUCGACCCUUGGAUGCUCUUCUUGUCGAUUCAUCGGAUAGCGAGGUCAAUCCCGCCCGGCCCUCGGAGAUCCUAGUAGCCUCGCCAUCGAAGCAGACUGCUGGAUCUCUCCGACACUUGCGACCAUGAUGCAGCACCUGGACUUCUCCCAGGCCAGCACCUCCAAGAAGUGGACGGCCAACAGCAGCAAGAGGCAGCCGGGCCAAGGGUUCGAUGCUCCGAGGAACAGCAUGGAGUUCGCCAUGGAGGCGCCCCACAGCUACGGCGUCUUCCAAGAGGACGUCCCGUACUCCUGCAACAGCAUGAGGCAGUACCCAAGAUCCUCCUCGGCCCCGAUCAAGAAGCUGAUCCAUGAGGACGCGUCCUUCCGGCCCAACGAAGGGCACAAGAGAGUGCCCAGCGUCAUUGCCAGGUUGAUGGGCAUGGACUCGCCGCCGAUGAACUCCGAGCUCACCACCCACCUGGAUGAUGCCAGGCAGGGGAUGAUCGUCGCGAGGCCGGUGCCCACCAAGCAUGUCUCCUUCGCGCAGCAGAAGAAUCCUGCCCGGCAUAUGGCGAAACAGGAAGUUUACACCUUCGACGACGCCGGGGAUGACGAGAGGGAGAUUCUUGCUCAGCUGACCAAGAGGAGUAAUGGUGGUGGUGGUGAUGGGUGGAGCAAGCUGGUGCCGCGGGAGCACCCGCAGGAGGAGGAGCUGCAGAAGUUCAAGAAGGAGUUCGCGGCCUGGCAGGCCAGCAAGGUGUGGGAGCAGUCCAGAGCUCUGGAGCUGGACAGCCGGCACGUUGACGACGGCGACGGCGAUAGGUCCUCGGAGAUCGUGCCGUACAGGUACCACCAGCAGGAUCGCAAAGGGAGUGUUGGCAACAGGCGCGUGCACGACAAUGGCAGUGCCGACGCGCAUUGGAGAAGGAGGGGCAAGGAGGGUGGCGGCGGCGGCGGCCCGUCGAUCUCUGGCAGCCGGACGUUCUCUCUGACGAGCGCGGGUGAUGGUUCUUCCGCGAGGCUGCCGCUCUCGAGAUUCUAUUACGAGGAGGAGGAGAAGCCGCUGUCGCCGACGAGGAUCGUGAUCCUGAAGCCCUGCCCGGAGCUGAGCGCAGACGACGUCGACGAGUCGUCGCUGGGCUCGCCGGAGCUGAUGAAGAACGAGAACAACAUGGAGGCGUUCCUGGAGGAGGUGAAGAUGCGGCUCAAGAUCGAGCUCGAAGGGCACAUGGCCCCAGACGACAGGGCGGCCGACCGGUGGCCCGCCGGCAGCGGCGACGUCCCCGCCGACCCGAAGCAGAUCGCGCGGAACAUCGCCGACCAGAUCAGGGAGAGCGUCACCAAGGAAAUGCACCACCCAGCGCUGCUGCGCUCGGAGUCAACGCGGUCGUACCGCAGCAGCGACGUGCAGAGCCAGAUGGACUACAUCUGCAGAGACGCCAGGAAGCAGCUCUCGGACCGGCUGAGGAACGUGCUCAGGAGGGAGCCGGAGGCCGACCAGCCGCCGCCGUUCGGCUCUCACCGGAGACGGCCGGCCGCGUCGACGCCGUCGUCUUCUCCUUGGGACGAAGAGCCGCGGCCGAAGCCGACGAGUCCGAGGCGCGACGUGGCGAGGAAGGGCGACAAGAAGAUCAGGAGCAAGGAGGAGAAGAAGCGCGCGAUCGAGUCAUCCGAAGUCCGGUCCUUCAGACAAGGGUGGUACAAGAGCUCGGCUACCGCGGCGGUCGUCGACUCCUCCGAUGAGUCGGCGUCGCCGAGGAACCUGAUGAGGUCGUUCUCGGCGCCGGUGUCCGGGAACUUCGUGAAGUUCCUUUCGGAGGGGGAACCAAAAGUGCUCGCCGGAGCGCGGGUGCAGCUGAAGCACGAGGGACACGGGGACUACUACGGCGGGCGGCCGUCGCCGGAGGAGGAGAGGGCGCCGAAAGGGAGGAAGGACGGGUUUGGCAUCAAGGGGAAGGUGUCCAACCUGCGGCAGAACCUCGGGCUUAGAGCGAAGCUUUUUGGCAAGAAGCUCCACUCCGCCGCCGCCGACGAGUCGUCAUCGUCGUUCUUCCUCGACGACUUCCCGCCGAUGGGCACGCUGGUCACUGCCCCCUCCGUCCUCAUCCACCCCGGCGUCCUGCAGGAGAACUCCACGGAGGUGCCGCCGAGCCCGGCGUCGUGGUGCAGCAGCCCGCCGGAUGACAUGAUGAUCCGGGGAGGUUACCCGAGCCCCGUAUCGCCAUUGGAGGCUUCCUUCGGCGAGCACCGGUCUCCGUUGAAGCCGGCGGCGAGCUCAAGUGCUUCUGAACCAGGCAAUUCAUGUCUGGAGCAAGAUCAAGCUGAAGAAAUCCCACAAGCAAGUCCAGCAGUCCAGGACGAUGAUGACGACGACACGGCCGAGAUGGAUCACCCGACAAAAGCUUUCAUCAGAACCGUCCUCGUCGUCGCCGGCAUGUACGGCCAGAACUCCGGCGAUCACCUCUCAUUAACCUGCCAACCGAUCAAGCCGAUCCCCAAGUGGGCGUUCGAGCAAGUCACCUCCUCGACACCACCUCCGGAAGCCGCUUCCGUCCAUGACGUGGACCACCGCCUCCUCUUCGACCUGAUAAACGAGGCGCUGCCCGGAGCCGCCCGGGGCUCGACGACACUGUGCGUGUUCAGCAAGUGGUACGCGGCGCCGCCGAGAAGAGCGUCUGCUGACAGGAGGCUGCUCGACGGGCUGUGGAGAUCCGUGCAGACGUGGCUGGAGCCGCCGAGCGUGGACGACGACGUGAACUCGGUGGACGGGCUCAUCGGCCGCGACAUGGGGGUGUCCCCCUGGAGCGGCGUGUUCCGCGACGACGUCGACGGGAUCGCCGAGGAGAUGGAGGCGGAGAUCCUGUCGGAGCUCGUCGACGAGACGCUGUGGGACGUGCUGCUCAACGUAGGGGACUGACUGACUGACUGACUGUGUGAUCGAGCUUGGUGUUCAGAGCAUGCAUACUUGUACAGUACAUUUUGGGGCGUGUUUUCUCUGUUCUUCUUGUGUUUUUUGGGAGUGCUUUUGACGGAUUUGUGA